CUUGCUUCAUUCAUUUGUUGAUUGUUAUUCAUAUUUGUGUUUAAUUUCUUCUAUUAUUUUGUCAUUGUAUUUGUUGCAGUACAAGCAUUUAGUUUGCAGUCCAUUUAACCUUUAUCUGCCACUAAGAGAUUUCAGGUCAUAAUUACAAGAUAUGGCUCAUGCAAGUGUGGCUUCUCUUAUGAGAACAAUAGAAUCACUCUUGACAUCCAAUUCGCCAAUGCAAUCUCUAAUCUGUGAUCACAGAGAAGAAUUUUGCGCUCUUUGUGAAAAAGUUAUCCUGGAAGUAUUUGUCAAAAACUUUGAGAAAAACAAUGUUUCUGGGGAAAUGAAGGAUUUUGAAGUAGAGGUAAAAGAAGUUGCAAGUGCUGUUGAAUACACAAUUCAACUGAGACUAACAGACACUGCACUCGGAGUAAAUAAAAGCAUCAUAGAAAUCAUUGAGAGGGGAGAAAAUAAAAGCAUCAUAGGAAUCAUUGGCUCAAUAGUUUUUCAAGGAAUCUCGAAUAUAUGGACACGCCGAAAGAUUCGUAAAAGCCUUCAACAAUUAGCAAACGACAUUGAUCAUGUCAGGAAAGAGUCAACAAAGAUUCAAGAUAAAGGCAAACAAGUAUCAAAGGAAUCAUUGGUUCAUGAUUUUUCAAGUUCAACAAACGAUAUUCUGAAUGUUAACAAUAAUAUGGUUGGACGUGAUGAUCAAAAGGAACGCUUGUUAGAAGAUCUGACUAUAAGCUACUCUGGUGAACUCAAAGUCAUCCCGAUUGUCGGGAUGGGAGGCAUAGGUAAAACAACCUUAACAAAAGAAGUUUACAAUAAUAAAUCAGUUUUACGUCGUUUUGAUGUUCGUGCCUGGGCUACUAUAUCUCAACAGCACAACAGAAAGGAAAUUUUGCUGGGCCUUUUGCAAUCGACGAUCAAAAUGGAUGACACGGUUAAAACGAGGGGUGAAGCAGAGCUAGCAGACAUGCUGCAGAAAAGUUUAAAGAGAAAGAGGUACUUAAUUGUCUUGGAUGAUAUCUGGAGUUGUGAAGUGUGGGAUGGCGUGAAACGAUGCUUUCCAACUGAAGACAAUGCAGGGAGUCGAAUACUAUUGACUACCCGUAACAACGAAGUAGCCUGUUAUGCUGAUACAGAGAAUCUUUCUUUGCGGAUGAACUUCAUGGAUCAAGAAGAGAGUUGGAACCUUUUUAAAAGUGCAGCAUUUUCAAAUGAAACAUUACUAUCUAAGUACGAGAAUAUUGGGAAGCAAAUCGCACAUGAAUGCCACGGGUUACCACUAACUAUAGUCGUGGUUGCUGGACUUCUCAAAUCUAAAAGGGAAAUAGACGAUUGGGAAAGUGUAGCUAAAGAUGUCAGGUCAUUCGUCACAAAUGAUCCUAACAAACAAUGUUCACGUCUGCUUGGGUUGAGUUACGAUCACUUGACAAGCGAUCUAAAGACAUGUCUUCUGCAUUUCGGAAUUUUUCCAAAAGACAGUGAUAUUCCAGUGAAGAGAUUGGUGAGAUCAUGGAUGGCUGACGGUUUUCUGAAGUUGGAAAAUGAUUUGGAAGGAGAGGCUGAGAAGUGUUUGCAAGAGCUUGUCGAUAGAUGUCUAGUUCUCGUAUGCAAGAAAAGUGUAGAUGGAACAAAAAUUAGAUCAUGUAAGGUUCAUGAUCUAAUAUAUGACCUGUGCUUGAGAGAAAUUCAAAGGGAGAACAUUUUUAUCAUGAAUGACAUUGUCCCUUUAUACCCAGAUUUUCCAUAUCUCAGUAGGCAAAAAAUGCAGCCCUUUAAACGCGUGACUGGUGAUAAAAUUAAUGAUUAUUGUCGGUAUGGUCAUUAUAGGGCUCUUCUUACCCCUGUACAUCGUCAGUUGAGAGAUCAUGACAACAACGAUCUUGUGAAAAGAACCCAUUCUAUUUUCUCCUUCCAUAUUUCACUUUUAUCUCCUCUUCUCAAAUCACAGCUUAUUUAUUUCAAAUUUCUCAAAGUCUUGGAGUUGAGACACGAGAUAUAUAAUUUCCCUCUAGAGAUACUAAGCCUCAUCUGGUUGAGGUACCUAUCAUUGCUCUGUCUUGAGAAUCUUGGCAUACCUCCAGAAAUUUGCAGGUUAUGGAAUCUGCAGACAUUCAUUGUUCAAGGGCGUGGUCGAUCAAUUCUAAUAGCUUUUCCUGAGGAAAUUUGGGGACUAAUGCAAUUAAGGCAUCUUUUACUGCCCCAAUUUUAUCUGCCAAAUCCCCCUAGAGUAUCUGCUGACAAAGGGAGCCACGUGGGUUUUUCAAACAUACAAACUAUUUCUUACUUGUCUCCACGUUGUUGCAGGAAGAAGGUUAUUAAGGGGAUUCAAAAUGUAAAAGAAUUAGGAAUCUGUGGAUAUGAGACUGACUUGAGUAUUCGGGACUCUGGGCUUCUCAACAAUCUUGUCCAUCUGCAGCAACUUGAAAAGUUGAGAAUUAAACAUUGCUUUAAGCUUUUGCCAGCAAGUGAAAAAGCUUUUCCAGCAACGCUCAAGAAGCUGAAGUUGGAAGCAACUACUCUAAGGUGGUCGUACUUAGACAUCAUAGCUAAGUUGCCUAACCUUGAGGUGCUGAAGCUGAUGCGUGGUGCUUGUCGUGGAGAUGAAUGGCAUCCAAAUGUUAGGGGAUUUACUCGAUUGAAGUUUCUGUUAAUUGCAGAUAGUUCUCUCAAGUACUGGAAAGCCACAAAUGACAAUUUUCCAAUACUUGAGAGCCUUGUGCUUAAAGAAUGCAGUUAUUUGAAAGAUAUACCCAUUGAGUUUGCAGAAAUCCACACACUACAACUGAUUGAGUUAACAAGGUGUCUUUCCGAACUUGGGGAAUCUGCUGCAAGAAUUCAACAAGAACAAGAAGAGCUCGGAAACAACCCCGUGGACGUUCGUAUCUCCCGUCCAUUAAGACGCGAUGUUAGAAGGCUUGACAUCGACUAAGUAUUGUGGAUUCUUUGAGCAUCUUUUGGAAAAAAGAACACAAGGAGAGGACGAAGAACAAGAGUAUUCAAUCGGUUUCUAUCCAAUAUAGGGAGUUUGAUUCGAUAUAUUUAUGUUGUAAUGUCUUCUAACUUGUUAAUUCUUAUUGUAGUGUACUUUUCCUCCUUCGUAGAGCAAUUUAUAUUGUUGGAACUGGAUGAUGAUUUAGUUUAGACAAUAGUGUAAUUGGUUUAAUAUUUGUUGUGUAUGUUUACAUCACAUAUAUCCCUGUAUGAUUCUCUCGAGAGGCUUAAGUAGAGACAAUCCAUAAUUUAGAAUAAGUGGA